CGCCGCCGCCGCCAUGACCAACGUGUAUUCCCUGGAUGGUAUCCUGGUGUUUGGGCUACUCUUCGUUUGCACCUGCGCCUACUUCAAGAAGGUGCCCCGUCUGAAAACAUGGCUGCUGUCCGAGAAGAAGGGAGUCUGGGGCGUGUUUUACAAAGCUGCUGUGAUCGGAACCAGGCUGCACGCAGCCGUGGCCGCCUCCUGCGUCGUCAUGGCUUUCUACGUCCUCUUUAUAAAAUGAGUCCCAAGGCCUCCGACUCAUCAGUCCACCAGGGAGAAACUGCUGGCGACGGAGCUCGGGGCGGGCGGCCCAGGGAGGCCCGUGUCCCUCGUAGGAGAGCUGGACGGAGACCAGCCGAGACCCCGGGAUGACCCCCGAGGACCCCUGCCAAACCCGAGAGAAAAUUCAGUGGGCGCCGUCGUCCCAGCUGCACGGGAAACCGCGCCCUUUGACGUCUCGUUCCCACGGCCUUCUCUGACCCGUUUAUAAAUUAACCAUCUGCAAAGAGUGUCCCGUGUCCAGGUAUAUAGCACGCCCCUUGGCCAUCUCAUUACUUGAGAAUACCUGCCCCUUACUUUGUCCCUCAGCUGAUCACCCACGCCCCCCAGGAAAAUGAACCAGGCCAAGAAGGGAGGAAUUAGGCCGUGUCCAGAGUGCUUUCCCUAUCUGCUUUUUCCCGUAUAAUUUGGAUUAUCACUGGGGCAAGGCAGGGGGAAGAGGAAAGUCAAAAAAUCAUUAAGCUUUGGAAAGUCGCCUUUUCUCUACCUUUUGGGAAUCCCUCCCUUCUCCCCCAUCCCCAACUAUUUUCAUCCCUCUUCGUCUCCAAACCUCAAGUGAGCAGACAAAACAGCUAAAUGAUGAUCGCUUAGUCAUUUUACCACAGGAGUUCUCAUCCAGAAAACAGACCUGGAGAACAAAGGAUCUUUGUUCUUGCGCAUCCAAAAGAGGAGGAAGCAUGAAGACCCGGGCCAGAUCAAAUUGGCAAGGGGAAAGCUCACGACCCGACCCGUGGCUGUUUCUCUGGUGCCCCGACAUGUUUUCCAAGGUGUCCUGAAUCGAAGCAGCCCGGUUCUUUGGGUAGAAGAGAAGGGUUUCCAAUUUAAUUGAGACUGGGGGAAGAGAAAGCAUUAGCAAAACUUGUCUUGCUUUUAAGAUGCCAACUUGUCUCUUAGAAAAAAUGGCUGCUAGCACUCUGAGGCAAUUGCUUCCAUACCAUGACUAGGUGGGCCAUCUUUCCUGGUCCUCUCACUCAUCUCUUGAGCGAUCCCCAGCGAGUUGCACUUUACCUGGGGAGAAUGAUGCCUUUGCACUUCAUCUCCUCACACGCAUCUGCUCAUUUUGGUUGCUCCGCAGCAUGCCUGAACAGGAGACAGGAGUCAGAUGGGGAGGAGAGUUUGGGGGGAUGUUUUUUCUUUCCUCGCCCCGGUGGUGUAGAAUGUCAGAGGUGGGAGAGGACUACCGCCGGAGCAAAGCGGUCUGGCAGAUUUACUCUCCCCUUCCUCUCAGCCAAAAGCGGUAAACAACUCACAGGUUGAGGUAUCAGCAUUCCUCUUUCCACUGAGGUCUGCCAAAAGAUCGCAUGUCAGUGAGCUCAGCACUUCCAGAAUGAAGUAGAUUCCAUUUAAAAGAGGAUCCAGCUCGGCGGAAGGUGGUAUUUUGACAGGUUCCCCACCUAGGGCAAAGGGGAAUGGAUCCCAGAAUCCUCCCAGAAAGGGGAUUGAUCAUACAUCUGCCCUCCCCUACCUCCCUUGUGGCCCUGCACUGGAUUCCCUAGAGGGUAGUGGAAUGUUAGCCAACACUAAAGGUGUACUUGUCUCAGAGCGGUAGCUAAGCUUCCUGGAGAAUAUGUCCAAGGGUGGAAUUUCACUGGAAGAUUCUGCCGCCUUCAGCUCUUGAACUAGAAAGAAGUCUUCAACUCAAGAUCUCCUUCACAGGGAAGACGGUCAAGAUGCACCUCGUGGGUGUGAGUUUGGGAACCUGUUGGCCGAGGGGGGAGUUUCUCCCAGAGACCCCAGGUUCAGCACGUUUUGCACAUGUUCCGUUUUGAAGCUUUAAUGUGUAGUGUUUUCUGAAUGGGCGAACACUCUGAACUUUGCACCCUGAGCGGUUUCCAACUUUUGCGUUAGUUCCAUUUCCCAGUCUAGUGUCUCCAAACCAAACUUUCCGGCGCCACUGGUCCGUCUGCCGCCCCCAAGCCCUUGACUGAUUGGAUCCUGAGGCAGCGGGGGGGUCUUACCAAAACGUGCCCAAAAGCAUAGUGUGAGAGCUGCCUCACACCGAGAAGCAAACUUGUCUCCUUCUCUCCCAGCCGUAAGGAGCCAAGAUUGCUUUUCAACUGUGGACGUCAGCACGAGUUAACAUGUCCUCUACCUGACAGGGAUUGAGUGGAGCUACCCAGAGUUCAUCCCUCGUGGGACUUGAUGGGGGUCAAAAUUGGCUUUUGUGGUGCUAAGAUGAAAAGAGGGAAAGCUUGCCAGGGUGGAGGAGGCCCUUAGUUACUUUUAUAGCUGAAAUAAAAACUUUUGUACGCUCAAUGGUCUGUGCAAAUCCUUGGAAAUAAAAUGUCUUUCCCUA